UAUUUUCUCUUGAUCAUUCACGCGAACGUCGCCGGGGAGAAAAAAGAACCUGAUUUAUUUUGACGCCUCCGGCGGAAGAGAGAGAUUUAUACAAUUUUUCGCUUCCGACGUUGCAAUCCAAUAUGGCUGCGAUGAGCGAUGGAGAAGUCUUGGAAAGGAUAAAAAUGAAACGCAGACAUAACGUAUGCGUUAUCCGAAAACGUCGUAGCCUUAGAUAAAUCUAUCCGCAUCUAUUCUCUGCCUUCCGAAUAGAACGAAGAAGUGAGAGAGAUGCUACUACUCGCUAUAUAACGAGAUCUUGGCUGGUAUGGACGAUUCUUUAGUUCUCUCUCUCUCUCUCUCUCUCUCCUUUCCGUUCUUCAUCUCCCUCCUUCUAUCUGGUGACGCGUGCACGGUUAACACGCAUUCGUACACGCGCGUACUUAUCGCACGAAUGUGACGAUGCAAGCGUAUUAUGUACAAUGGAGAGCGAGAUAAAAAAGUGUAUUUAUCUCAUGUCAGCUCGCUAGAGAUCGACGAGACUUCUUUUUUUCCACGAAUACGGCUCAUGCUCCAUGUGGUGAUUUUGAUUUGUCAUUCGGUGUCACAUGUUAUACACCGAUGCGGUUCGUGUUUCUCCGAUAAGUCCGCAACAUCUCGUCCUCUGAUUACGGUCGAUAAUUUGAUUUACCCUGAAAAUACUCUACGGUGCAGUGCGGUGUUAAUCGGAAUUAGAAACUUUGUCUCCUUCCCUCUCUCCCUUCCUUUCUCUCUCUCUCUCUCUCUCUUUCUCUUCCCCCUCUUAAGGUUCGGAGCGUCAUAGCGCGUCGCACCACGACUCGGCUGAACUCGACUCCACUCCACUCCACUCGAUCAGGCUCGUAACAGUCGCGACUAAACUUGCAUGCAGCUCGCCACGUGUUUUCGAUGCGUUCUCAAUGCAUCGCGCGAGCGUCUCGUAACUCGUGAAGCAGCAGAAUUUUGCGCCGUGCACGGUUCCAUUUCUUCCAAAGCUCGCUCAACGAUGUGACUUUCUAGAAAAAAAAAAAAGAAGAAGAAGAAGAAGAAAGCGAUCAAGUACGCAGAUGAAACGAUGAAAACGCGACUUUUCUCACGCGACAACGUUCGCCCGAAUUCAUCGAAAACAUCGAUGCUCCAUGUCGAGCAAUAUUCCGUGAUACUAAAUGCGCGAAAGAGAGAAGAAAGAGUGUACGCGUAGCUCCGGAAUCUGACGAUGCAUACCGAAUUCUUCGAAGAAUAAACGCGCCAGCGUGAAAUCUUACGCGGUUCAUUUUACAGCUGUGUGUGUUUUUUUUGUGAUUACAUGGAGUCUUCUAUCUCCGUUCUCGAGGCGCGAUUAGAAAAUUAGUCCUAAAGGUGGGACGGAUUGUAACGAGUUCAGUUGACUUUUCCGUCCGUUGUCGGUUUCCGUCUUGCAUCACGAACGGAGAGCGAGUCGGGCAACUCGCGUACAUAUCAACUGCGAGAUAAGAUGUGACCAGGGCGGCUUGCAAUCGGUUUCCCAGAGCGAAACGAGCAAUAUUCGCCGAGCGUGUCUGAGCAGCUGUGGGUGAUCACUCGUCGAUCAUACUUUAAAGCUCUCUCUCUCUGUAACUGCAGUCCGGCCACGUGUCGAUGUUAUCGGAUAGAAUUCGCACGUAGGGAGCGAUUAUGCGAACGAGUUCAUUCAUCGUGCGGAUUCCAGCUCGCCGGAAGUGACGACGACUUCCUCGCUGCGUGCUGAUAGUGGUGGUGCGCGCACACACACACAGUGUAUCCUCCAGAGUGGAGAGUGCAUCGUGCACGCACGCACGCACUCACAAGCGCGCGUAUAGACGCGCGGAACAUACGGGCACGUGCGCGCGCGCUCCAACUCGCGCUGACCUAGAGGAAGCGAAAGGAGAAGAAAGAGAGGAUGUCGACUCGCCGCCGAGCGACCGCGACCGCGUCGUGCGGCGAGAUGCAGCGUCCUGUUGUCGGUCGACGGUCAGUGGCUCUUUGAAGGUUUCAUCUUAUCGACGAUGGACAGGAUCGGUCGAGCAUCGGACAACUUUACGGGACAGAUCGUUCUUCGUGUCGUUGUUAUUGUUGUCGAUUCUAUUCCUCGACGCCGCGCUCGCCAGCACGAUUAUGCAGCUGAAGAAAGCGAUGCUUAAGAUAUUCGAUCAAUGCCUGCAUUUGCGGAGCAUCGAGGAGCCGAGGAUGACGGCGGAAACGGCGGCUCCUUGCGUACAAGGAGUGCAAGGAGCACAGAGCGGCAUGGUCAACCAGAGUAUGUUGCAACAGGUGCAGGAUGGAAGUGGCGGCAGCGGUGGCGGCGGUGGUUAUUACUCCUCGACGUCGACGAUAUACGAUCCGGAGUACGCUCGUAUGGAGGCUUGGCUCGACGAGCAUCCCGAAUUCGUCAACGAUUACUUUUUACGGAAAGUGACACGACAGACUGUAGACAUGUGGCUGGUGUCACACGCAACGCCGACUUCGUCGUCCAGCAGCUGCAUGGAGCUCUCUAGCCCGACUCACGCCGGCAACUCGUCCUCCGGACGUGGUGGUGGUGGUGCUGGAGGCUCGGGAGCCACAACACCCGUGCGCAAGAUUUCGGCGCAUGAAUUUGAGCGAGGGGGCCUUCUCAAACCGAUCGUCAACACGAUCGACGGAACACCGACCUUUUUGAGUGUAUCGUCAGGUGAGAUGGGUCAACCGUGUGGUGCUCAGGUUGGAUCCGGUAAUUCGAAUCGACCUCAAAGACGAUCCAGGCAUGAGCUCAGGCAUCUCGAUGAGAAGGAUCUUAUUUUCGAAUUGGUCAAGGACAUCUGCAACGAGCUGGAUGUGAGAUCGUUGUGCCAUAAAAUCCUGCAGAAUGUGAGCACGCUUCUCCACGCGGAUCGCGGCUCACUGUUUCUUGUCCAAGGCGAAAGAAGCGGUACCACCGUCAGCGUGUCGCCUUCUCAAGUCGAAAAUCACGAACAUGCUAUGAACAACACUAACAACGGAAAUCCGCAACGUAAUGAUCAAUCCUCUUAUCCGAGGAGCCGGUGUCUAGUGUCGAAGCUAUUCGACGUUUGUUCGAGAUCGACGUUGCUGGAGAUGGAAAAGAAAGAUGAAAUUAAAAUUCCCUGGGGCACUGGAAUCGUUGGUUACGUCGCUGAAAGCGGGGAACCCGUCAAUAUACCAGAUGCUUAUAAGGACUCCAGGUUUAAUCGCGAAAUUGAUGCAUUAACGGGAUACCGUACGCGUGCCUUACUGUGCAUGCCUAUUAAAGAUUGCAAUAGUGACGUCAUCGGUGUAGCACAGGUAAUUAACAAGCUCGGUGGCGAAGGACAAUUCUCUGCGCAGGACGAAAAGAUUUUCGCCAGUUACUUACAGUUCUGUGGUAUUGGCUUAAGAAACGCGCAGCUUUACGAAAAAAGUCAAUUGGAAGUGAAAAGAAAUCAGGUUCUAUUGGAUCUGGCACGAAUGAUUUUCGAGGAACAAAGCACAAUAGAGCACAUGGUUUUUAGAAUUCUUACGCAUAUGCAAUCGUUGAUUCAAUGCCAACGUGUUCAGGUGUUGCUCAUGCACAAAGCUUCAAAAGGCAGUUUCUCGCGUGUUUUCGACUUUGAGGCAAACGAUCUCGCUGGCGAGGAUUCUGAUUCUCGUACUAGUCCGUUUGAGAGUAGAUUUCCUAUUAAUGUUGAUAUCACGGGUUACGUAGCGACAACCGGUGAAACUGUCAACAUACCGAACGCUUAUGAAGACCCGAGAUUCGAUCCGUUAGUAGAUAAUGGUACCGGUUUUAGGCAUCGUACAAUUCUUUGCAUGGCCAUCAAGAAUUCUUUCGGUCAGAUAAUCGGUGUCAUUCAGUUGAUCAAUAAAUUCGACGAUUUGCCUUUUACAAAGAACGAUGAGAAUUUCGUCGAAGCGUUUGCGAUAUUCUGUGGGAUGGGGAUUCAUAAUACGCACAUGUAUGAGAAGGCUGUGAUAGCAAUGGCGAAACAAAGCGUCACUUUAGAAGUAUUAAGUUAUCAUGCAUCAGCGUCAUUGGAAGACGCGCAGAGAUUGAGGAAUUUAAGAGUUCCGUCAUCGGUGCAUUUUCAACUGCACGAUUUUAAGUUUGACGAUAUACACAUGGAGGACGACGAGACUCUCACCGCGUGUCUCAGAAUGUUUCUCGAUUUGGACUUUGUCGAACGGUUUCACAUCGAUUAUGACGUACUUUGCCGUUGGUUGUUGAGUGUAAAAAAAAACUAUCGAAACGUUACGUAUCAUAAUUGGCGACACGCCUUUAAUGUGGCUCAAAUGAUGUUCGCUAUUUUGACAGCUACACAAUGGUGGAAAAUCUUUGGUGAAAUCGAAUGUCUUGCACUUAUCAUUGCCUGUUUGUGUCACGAUCUUGAUCAUCGUGGAACAAACAAUUCUUUUCAAAUAAAAGCCUCUUCGCCAUUAGCACAACUAUAUUCGACUUCAACGAUGGAACAUCAUCACUUUGAUCAGUGCCUGAUGAUCUUGAGCAGUCAGGGAAAUCAAAUUCUAUCGAAUCUUUCACCGGAAGAAUAUUCGCGCGUAGUGAAGGUUCUCGAAGAAGCAAUACUCUCAACCGAUUUGGCCGUUUACUUUAGAAAGCGUGGCGCUUUUCUUAGUUUAGCAUGUAGUGGUGAUUACAACUGGGCUUUCAGCGAUCAUCGAGAUCUUUUGCGCGGAAUGUUGAUGACAGUCUGCGAUCUGGCUGCAAUUACGAAACCAUGGGAGGUCGAGAAAAGAGUAGCCGAGCUCGUUAGUAGCGAAUUUUUCGAACAAGGCGACAUAGAGAGACGGACGCUCAACAUUACGCCUAUUGAUAUUAUGAAUCGAGAGAAAGAGGAUCAAUUGCCAAUGAUGCAAGUCGGCUUUAUCGAUUCAAUCUGCCUCCCUAUUUACGAGGCAUUUGCCCUACUGUCGGAUAAACUUGUGCCGCUCGUUGAUGGGGUCAGGAUGAAUAAGCAACAUUGGCUAGAAAUUGCCGAGAGCAAAUGUGAAACAAAGACCUGCACGAAUCACGAUAGGAUGCCGUCAACGUCGGUGUCUGAUAACGAAGAGACCAGCGAACAAGCGGACCAAUAGUCAUUACAUUGACGUCACUGAUUGCUAUAACGCACAAAAAACGCAGCCGUAGCGAUCGUUCUAUAGUUACGUCAAAAAGAGAAAAAAAUACGGGAUAUAGUUUAUCUUUUACAGAUCGCCAGUGGCAACUGAUUUCCUUGUCUCAAUUAUCAGGGCUUGUGUCCUGCGCGAAACAGGUGAUAUACAUACAUAUAUACAUACGUUAUAUACAUAUAUAAUGUUUAUGUGUAUAACAGACUACACUACUUCAUUUCUGUCAAUUAGAUUUUUACGGAUAUGACACAGAUCUGGUGAUCAAAUAGACCAAACAUUCAAUUUUUUCGCGUUAAACUCGUGUAUCUUAAUCAAAAUUGUUCUGUAUAUAUAAGUUGAAAAAGUUAUAAAUAUGUCGAUUGAACGAUCUUGCGAAAUAUGAUGAGAAAAAUAUUUGUUCUCUUUUUCUCUCUCUCUCUCUGUCUUAUGUUGUCUCUUAAUUCUUUUCCCUCCUUUCGUUUUCGUCAUCGUUCUCCCUCCUUCGUUCAUCUAUUUCUGUCUGUUUGUCUUCCUAGAAACUAAACUGAUCAAUCUCCAUAUAUGCUACUAUUGUACCUGAUUGUAUUGUACAUAUAUUUACUAUAACAGACUUUCGAUGUAAAGAGAGAAUAAAGACAGGGAGAGGGAGUUGAUUCUCUAAAAUAUAUAUUGUAUAAUAGUUUUCGACGCAAAUCGACUCGUCGAAGGACACACCUGAAUAUAACGGCGCCUAUACGCGCUAAUUAGAUUAUAUAUUUGUAUACCAAAGUGUAAAUUUAUAUAUUGAGAUCGAUUGCGACUACGGUCAGACGGUAAAAUAGUAAUUUGAAUGGUCUCUGACACGUGCUAAUUAAUUAAUUAGCAGUUAACUGCGGCGGACAUGAUAUCUGCCAGGCUUCAGUUGCUUUGUCUUUGCUUUCUGUUUCAAAGAUAGAUUCCUCGAAUCGAUUCCGACCCGAACAACUGUUUUUCGUCUUUGCGUAGAGCUAUCAUAUCUUAGAAUAAAUUAUAUAAACAUUCAGCAACAAAUGACAGUGUCUAUACAUCUUUUAUUAUAGUUGUAAAGUUUAUCAUUUUUUUCGUAUGUGUUUUAUUUUCUAUAUUUCAAUGUUCUUCCAAUAUUCAAUAAUAUUUAAUGAUAAAUAAUGUAUGUUAAACACUUAUCAUAGAUACGACACGUGUGUACGAUUUGAUAACGACUUGAUAACGAGAGAAACAUGCAUAUCAUUAUGUGUUUGCUGAAACGGGAUAGCCCUCAUAUCUGUUAUCAUAUCAUACGUGGAAAGCAGAAUGCCUAUGGAUUAUAAGAAGGGACUAAUCUCGCAUUCGUGUCGUUCGACAAAUUUACCUAGCACAUAUACCACGGCUACGAAAAGACGAGAAACAGUUUAGGCAUUUAGUAAUUGCAUGUGUGAUCGUUUACUUAUUAUAAUCAUAGGGCGUGAUUUCCUCUAUAUGUUCCUUUAAUCCUGCAAUCUUUAAAGUGAUCUUUUUGUUUAUUUUUUACUUUAAUAUAUUCGACUCCAAGCGGUACUUGGUUCUACGUCACCCCCACAAAUAACGACGAAACGUGGGAUAAAGUGAUGAAAAUGUAACAAGUGUGAUAAAAUUUCCUCGUGUGCGUGUAACUGUAUAGCACGGGUGUAUCUCGAAAGGAGAAUGCAAGAGCUAUUGUACAGUUAUUUUUUGUGUACAUUAUAUCGUGAAAUAUGGCGCACCUCUAUCGUUAACGAUAAUAACGAUGAUAGCGCGCAAGUCAUAUAUAUUAUAUAUAUAUAUAUAUAUAUAUAUAUAUAUAUAUAUAUAUAUAUAUUCUACACGAACAAUAUCUAAUAUAUUAAAAUGAAAAUAAAUUAUGUGAACAUGUACGUAAAAUAUCA